GCUGCUGCGUGUUUCCGGUUGUUGGAUUCUGGUCGACAAUGGCGGCGGUGUUGAAGCGAUUGCGUUUGUGUAGUUCAGGAAACAUAUCACUGUAUGGCAUUAAAAGUUUACAGUAUAAAUCAACAAGGAUAUUUUGCCAGGUGCCAUGCAAAUUAUCAUGCCAAAGGAGACUGUUCUCAAAUAAGAACAUGAUAGUGGAACUUGACAGCAACACAGGAGUUGCAGUGAUUCAGAUGAAGAAACCUCCUGUUAACAGUCUAAGCCUGGAAUUCCUCACAGAAUUUGCCAUUAAUAUGGAGAAACUUGAGAUGGAUAGAGAAUGUCGGGGUGUGGUUCUCACUUCUUCUAUUCCUAAGAUCUUUUCUGCUGGCUUGGAUAUCAAUGAAAUGUAUAGGAAGACACCAGAGCAUACAGGGGAGUUCUGGAGAGCUGUCCAGGAAAUGUGGUUGAAGUUGUACGGUUCCAAUAUGGUGACAAUAGCUGCAAUCAAUGGGGCCAGCCCUGCUGGUGGAUGCCUCAUGGCAUUGGCAUGUGACUACCGAAUUAUGGCAGAUAAUCCAAAAUAUGCAAUAGGCCUAAAUGAAACCAAACUUGGAAUCGUUGCACCAUUCUGGUUCAAGGACACCAUGAUUAAUGUCAUUGGACGAAGGGCCACAGAUCAUUCGCUGCAGCUCGGCCUAAUGUACAGUGCUUCAGAGGCCUUGAAAAUUGGACUUGUUGACCAACUGAUAGCACAAGAUAAAAUUAUGACAAAUGCUUUAAGUGUGAUGUCAGAAUGGUUGGCUAUUCCAGAUCAUGCUCGGCAAAUUACCAAAUCCAUGAUGAGAAAACCAACAAUUGAUCGACUUUUGACCAACAGGGAAUCGGAUAUUCAAAAUUUUGUUAAUUUCAUCAGUAAAGAUUCAAUUCAGAAGUCUCUCCAACUGUACUUGGAGAUGCUAAAACAGAGACAAAGCUGAGUAAAUAUGCUCUUAAAAAGGAAUCCCAACAUAUUUGUUUACAUGGUAUGAUGGAUAAUAAUUUCUAAGAUUUUUGUACAAUUUCUCUUUCAGUUGAAUAUAUUAUUAACAUAGAGUAUUGAACAUUGUUUAUAGUGUUCUAAAUUGACUUCAUAAAUGUAUCCAUUUAUAUCCUAACUCUUUGUAAUAUUAAACUUGAAGAUGUGUAAUUCUACUGCCAAUAUCUUGGCAAGAGUUGAUUGUGCAAUUUAAUCUGGGAUAAGAAAUUGUUUCUAUGCAUUUCUUAAGUAAUCUCCAAAUGUGUUCUUUACUGAUUUAAUUUAAUUUAGAUCGUGAGUUUCAAAUACUGAGGUGUUCGUCAAGUUAUUUUUGUUGCUGUCCUAAAUGUUGUUUACAUUUCUGUUUUAUGGAGUUCUUUAACAAGCAUCUUUCAAAUGAAUUGUUUACAAAGAACAAACUACUGUGAGCUAGGACUACAGUCAAGUGUUUUUACAGUAUAAAUUAUGCUUGACUUGAACAUUUCAUACCAAUAUUGUAUUUGAAAAUACAUGAAUGAAUUGGGGGGGGGAUUUCUUGAGAAGAUGUAACAACAGUUCAAAAAACUGUGAUAGCAGAAAUUGUUGAAGGAAUAACGUGACAAAAUGAUACACAGCAACUGCUUUCAUUUAGUUUUGUAAUGUUUUAAUGUAUAAAGAUCUGAAGUUAAUGUACAAGGACAUCCGGAAGAAGUGAAUACUGAGACAUGAUUAGGGAGAUGUGAUCAAACCCUAGGUCAAGCGAUGCUUUUUUAAUAAGAGCCUUAUGAAGAAGCCAGGGAAGAGAAGAGUUUUAUGUUGAAUUACGGAUUAUGAGAACAAGAUGCUGAAUGGGAGCAGGGAGGGGCUAGUGAGCAAAACAGAAGAUACACUGUUCUGGAGUUACUUAAUGAGCCGUGGAGUUAAUUAAAUAGCCCUAGCUAUGUUGGUCAGUGAACUAUUUAAAAAGAAAUAGAUGCUUCAGGAUAUUGUAAUCAUAGAUAAGUUAGGGGCAAAGUUCAAAUCUUUUGGAAAGAGAGUCAAUGAUGGCUAUUUACAGACAGUGUGAGAAGUAGAUACAGUAUUAGCCUAGGUUAAAAAGUAACAUGCUUAAAGGAAUAUUAAUUCAAAAGCAGUAAUAGAAAACAAGAGGCGGUAUUGAAAUUACAAGCAACAUGGAACAAAAAUAUAUCCAUUUAAGAAACAUGGAACCAUGAAGACCACAAUAGCUAACUAAAGGAUAUAAUCUGAUAAACAACUAUUCAAGUUUGAAGCAUUAGGCUUUUGUGGCAAUCUGCUGUGCUGGAGUUAAAACUAGCUGGGAGUAGUUGUAGAUGAACUUGGAUUUUCUUGAAGGUUGAUCACAAAUGGUGUCCCAGAAGGGUUUAAUGUUCAGAUGAUUCACUUCACUUAUUGAUGCUUCGCUAUAUUACCAUUCUGGUAGCCAAUGCUUCAAUUUUAAAAUGUUCAUCCUUGUUUUCAGUUUCCUUCAUGACUUUAUCACUCCCUACCUCUGUAAUCUCCUUCAGUCCCACAACCCCUUGAGAUAUCAGUGAUGCUCGAAAUAUGUGUUGUUCCACUUCU